ACCAAACGAGGCCUCAGGAAAAAACCCACGGCCCCGGAUGCGAAACCCGCACCCGCACCGGCCGCCGGCGCCACCCGAGCCCUAGACGGAGGCCCUCCGCGCCGUGCCACGCCCACGCCCCGUGGUCGCCACAACCUCUCUUGCGCCGUACGGCCUGGGUCCGCGCCCCGCGCCAUCGACCUCCAUUCCGCGUCGGCGUCGCCGGCGCUCGCUCGGACCGUCCUCCAGUCGCCGCCCAACCCUAGAGGAAGAGAAGCUCGCCUUCCGCGUCUCCGACCGUCUUCCGUCUCCGCAAGGGCUACGAGAGCCUUGAAUCCUACAACUCGCGCUCUUCCUGCCGACUCAGGCGACGAGCCAACCAUGGAAUCCGUAGAGAUCGUCCAAGCUCAGCCGUUCGCUGCGAUAAACUCCGCACUGCCGUGUGAUGAGGGCCGGCUUGGUACACCGGACAGAGAUACUACAAGCAUGCCUCAGUCUAGUUCGACUUCGACAUCCGAGUGUGUUGAGGAAUCAAAGCCCGCUGUGGGGAUGGAAUUCGAAGGCCUGGAGGCCGUGGAAGCGUUCUACAAGUCAUUCGCACACCGCGUGGGUUUCGGGGUCCGUAUCGGUCAGCAGAAGGCGGUGGACAAUGUGGUUGAGAGCAAGCGCUACAUGUGCUCGAGCCAAGGGUUCAGGUCCGAGAAGGGUAUAAGGAAUAAUAAGAAGCGCAAGAGGGAGGUCACUAGAUGUGGCUGCGAUGCGCAUAUCUACGUCAAGCGCUGUAGCGGUAACACCUACAAGAUUCACUCGAUGAUUGAGCAACACAAUCAUGGCUUUGUGCCACCUGAUAAGCUUCAUUUGAUUAGAUCAAACCGUGGAGCUAGCGAGAAGGAAAAGGUCAUACCCGAGUGCGAUGAGGCGUUGAGGCCAUCAAUAGGGAUGGCAUUUGAAGGCCUCAGCUCCGCGGAGGAGUUCUACAAAUCAUAUGCACGUCAUUGUGGGUUUAAGGUGCGUGUUGGGCAGCAUAAGUUGCUGAAUAAGGAGGUAGUGCAAUUCAAGCGCUUCAUGUGCUCAAGGGAAGGCUUCAGGUCCGACAGAGGUAAAGACCCCUCUAAUGAGAGAAAGAAGCGAAAUGUGAAGGUGACUAGAUGUGGAUGUAAUGCCCAUAUUGUUGUGAAGUGGUGCAGUGGUAAUACAUAUAAAGUAUCAUCAUUGAUCGAGCACCACAAUCAUGAACUUAUUUCACCUGAUAAAGUGACUAAAUCAAAGCGAAGAGUUAGUGAGAAGACAAAGAAUAAACUAAGCUCUUCACGCGUGCCUGAAUGUGGCGAGGCAUUGAAGCCAUCACUAGGGAUGGUAUUUGAAGACAUUGGUUCUGUGGAGGAGUUUUACAAGUCAUAUGCACAUCACUGUGGGUUUUCAGUACGCAUUGGGCAGCGUAAGUUGCUGAAUAAAGAGGUGGUGCAAUGGAAGCGCUUCAUGUGCUCAAGGGAAGGUUUCAGGUCCGAGAAAUGUAUGGACGUUGAUGAUCCCUCUAGGAAAAGAAAGGUACGUAAGGUAACCAGAUGUGGGUGUGAUGCUCGUAUUAUUGUGAAGCGGUGCAGUGAUAACAAGUAUAAAAUUACAUCAUGGAUCGAGCACCACAAUCAUGGAUUUGUGUCGCCUGAUAAGCGUCACUUGAUUAGAUCGAAUCGUCAAUUGGGUGACAAGGCGAAGCCAACACUGUCCACACACUGCAAUGCAAGCACAGGCACCUCCCAGGCAAACAGGCCUGAUCAUGUCAGUAAGGGGAGGUCUGACAAUGUGGGAUGCACAGAGAGAGACUUGCAGAAGUACCAUCAUGAUCUUUGUAGUAAAAUCAAGAAUGAAGAUGCUCAGAUGUUUGUGGCCCGGCUAUGUAGAAAGCAGCAAGUGGAUUCAGCAUUUUUCUUCGACUGUGAUGUGGAUGACCGGGGUAUGUUGGUGCAUGUAUUUUGGGCUGAUGCCAUAAGCAGGGAAAACUACAUUUAUUUCAGUGAUAUGUUAUCUUUUGAUUCUACAAACACCACGAAUCAACACGGCAUGAUUUUUGCACCAUUUACUGGCACCAAUCAUCAUCUGCAAAGUGUGUUUUUCGGUGCUGCAUUCCUAGCUGAUGAGAAGAUUGAGUCGUAUGCUUGGCUGUUUCAGACCUUCGUAAGGGCAAUGGGAGGGGUUGCUCCUAGAACUAUUGUAACCAGGGAAGAUGAUAGGAUGAAGAGUGCGAUCAGUAAUGUUCUACCAGCCACCACACAUAGGUUGUGCAUGUUUGAGAUGUUGGGAAGAAUGCCCGAGAAGGUCGAACUAUCUCUUAGAAAUAAUCCUCUAUUUCAGACAAGGAUGAACGAAUGUGUUUUGGGGUCAGAAACCGUGUUUGAGUUUGAGUCAAAAUGGGAUUCUGUAAUUUCCGACUUUGGGUUGGAGGGCAAUCAGUGGUUGGCUGAAAGGUAUUCCACCCGUGAAAGAUGGAUUCCGGCCUACUUUACCGAUAUUCAUCUGUCUGGCAUUCUCAGAAACAAUGCAUGGUCAAAGAGUGCAAAGUCAUUUUUCAGCUGUUUCAUCAACCAGAAGCUCUCUUUGGUCGAGUUUUGGCUUAGGUUUGAAGCAGCCUUAGACUGUCAGCGUCAAGAGGAAUCGAAUGCAGAUCACACGAGCGCCUGCACGACGCCUCAACUAAUAACACCAUGGGGAUUGGAGAAGCAUGGAAGUCUAGUGUUCACACAUGAGGUGUUCGAGAGAUUCCAAGAAGAGGUUGUCGCUGCUAGAGACCAUUGUGUUGUUGAAGACAUGGCACAAACCGAGGGGGUGAAAACCGUGGCCAUCGGUGAUGAGGGCUCUGACAAAGUUAGGGAGGUGCGUUGGGACGCAGUCACCAUGACGGCCAACUGCUCCUGCAGGCUUUUUGAGUCGGUAGGAAUCCCGUGCCGCCAUAUUACUCUAGUGCUGAGAAGCUCGAAACUGAAUGAGCUACCGCAAGGUUGUGUUUUGAAAAGAUGGCAAAAGAGUGCAAAAGUUGGGUAAUUUGAGCUGCGUUGCAGAUGUAUGUUACCCUUAGCAAGUCCCUUGCCAGAGUUUCAGGAUCGUGGCUGAAGAAUUGAUCUGCUAUACAUUUUUGGGUGCAAGCAUUGGAGUAGUUGUUUGUCCAGACAACCAGUUAUCAACUGAUAACGAAGUCCUGCAAUCUGAGUCGGAUGUCCUGAACAAGCAACUACGUUAUCUGUUGAUAACUGGUAACCUAUGCAUUGAAAUUUCUGCUGAACUUAUCUUUUUUCCAUCCUGAGGGCCUAUUUGAUUCUUAGGAAUUUCAAAAUGCAAGAACAGGAAAAAGAAUUCAUCCUAUAGGAUACCAGAGUGUGUUUGAUGCCAUUGGAAAAACAAAGGAAUUGUAAAAACAUGAGUGGAUGUUAUGUUUCUUAUGAAAUGUAGUACGAAUCCUUCCUUA